UCCCGCGGAACUCUCCCGCGCGCGGCCGCGUUUCCCGGCGGCCCCCCCCCGGAACGGUGCCCUUUGGCUGCCGGACCGCCCGGGCGGGAGACCGGAAGUGGCGGGGCCGCCAUGGCGGCGCCCGGAGCGCCCGGCCCGGGCCCGGCAGCCGCGCCCCCCACGGUGUUGAUGGCGGCCCGGGCGGAGCUGGCCGCGCCCUGCCGCCUCCUACCCGACGCCGGCGCCGCGCUCCGCCUGCAGCUCAGCGUGCAACCGGGAGCCGACGGCCGGCGCCGCUUCCGCCUGGGCCUGCGGCUGCCGGAGGCGGGGGGCGGCGCGCCCCUGGCCGAGUUUGACCUGCGGGACGUUUCCUACCGAGUGUGCGGCCCCACGAGCCACGAGCUGCAGCUGCCACCCGAGGGGACAGAGGGGACAGCAGGGACAGAGGGGACAGCGGGGACAUCGGGGACAUCGGGGACGGUGGCACUGCGGUUCCCCGAGGAGCGCGAGGCCCAGCAGUGGUGGACAGUGCUGAGCAGCUCCCUGAGGGAGGCACGGAGAGCGCUCGAGGGUGACACGGGGACAUCGCUGGUGGCACCCCCUGAGGAUCCCGAGCAGGACACGGAGCAGGCGCAGCUCCUGGAGCUGGCACAGACAGAGGAGCAGGCCCUGCUGCUGUCCCGGUCCAUCUCUCAGGGUGACGCGGCGGGGGCGGCGCGUGCCGCGGUGGCGCUGGCUCGGAGACGCGCGGAGCUCGGCGUGACCCUGAGGGACGGCGAGCCCGGAGCCCACAUCAGUAUGCCGGUGGGGGUGGAGGAUGCCACCUCCUCUGCCAGCAUCACCCUGCAGGUUCAGCCUCACCUGAGCAUCAGCAGCCUCAAGGAGCAGGUGUACCUGCAGUACGGGUUCCACCCCCUGGCGCAGCGCUGGAUCAUCGGGCAGAGCCUGUGCCAGGACGGGCGCACCUUGGGCUCCUACGGCAUCCGGCGCCACGGGGACCCUGCUCACCUGUUCCUGCUGUCGGCGCGGGCCGCGGGGCUGGGCCCCGAGCGCUACCGCCAGCUGCAGGUGCGCGGCCUGCUCCGCGCCGCGGGGAGCGGCUCACCUGGCGCAGGGGGUGUCCCCGACCCCGCGGAGGGGCCGGACUCCGGGGACGGGGGGGACGUCCCGGGGGACGUCGGGGACCUGCGGGAUCACCUGGGCUCCCUGCAGCUCCGGGACGGCGCCGAGCCCCGCCCGGCCUCACCUGAGCAGCCGGGCUGGCCGUGUCCCCGCUGCACGUUCCUGAACAAGCCCACCCGGCCGGGCUGUGAGAUGUGCAGCUCCCCCCGGCCCGAGGGCUACCGGGUGCCCGGGGACCACCGGCCCGACCCCGCCGAGCUCCGCAGGCUGCAGAGGGAGCGCGACGGCACGCGCCAGUGCCAGCAG